AUGAUGCCAAAAAAAACAGCCUCGCCACCCUGGAAAUCGAUCGCUGAAUACAACUCAAAAGAAGCCAAGAUGUUGUCCGCUAAGAUCGACAGGAAGCUGCAGGCAGAUCGGAUCAUAUCUGAAAUGGAAAUAAAACUUCUUCUUCUCGGAACCGGCGAGUCUGGAAAGUCCACAAUUAUGAAGCAAAUGAAGGUGAUUCAUAAUAACGGAUAUCACAAGACAGAGCUACUGGCCUUUAGGAGGGAUAUUCAUCGCAAUCUUCUGGAAUCCAUCCAACAGCUUUUGGCCUCUCUUUCCAGCUUGUCUAUUGACAUUUGUGACCUUGAUCGGCUGGAUGUGUCGCCUUUUUUUCAUCGACGUAAAUAUUCGAUGGAGGAAAAGAUUGCUUUUCAAAAUGCAGUCGCCCUCAUACUGCGCGCGCAGACCUCCGCUUGCGACCGAAUUGGAAUAGGUAGCAAUGGAGGCACUCCCCCUCCAUCAUCGGCCUCUGUCCUCUCAGCAGCAAAUGGAAGAAACUGGGAUCUCAUUGAUCGGCCGAUGGCCGAUGCAAUAAAGUUGCUUUGGCGGACGACUGGGUUGCGAAAGCAUUUUGACAAGCUUGCGCAUUCGAGCUAUAUCCUAUGCCAAGCCCCUUACUUUCUGGAUAAUGUUGAACGGAUAGCGAUGCCGGGAUAUAUCCCCACCAUUCAAGAUGUGCUCCGCGCACGAAUCAAGACAACAGGCAUUUCAGAAACACGCUUUAGAAUCAGAUCUGGCCACUACUCCCCCUCUGUAUGUAUGAUCGAUGUUGGGGGCCAAAUCUCGGAAAGGAAAAAGUGGAUCCACUGUUUUGAAUCCGUAACAGCGAUCCUGUUUUGCGUGUCGCUUUCGGAAUAUGACCAGGUGUUGCUAGAAGAUCCCUCUCAAUCCAGAUUUUUAGACUCCCUCUUGCUAUUUGAGAGCAUUGUCAACUCCCAGUGGUUCAAAAACACGAUUAUCAUUUUAUUUUUGAAUAAGAUUGAUUUAUUCAAGAACAAGCUUGCAGUUUCUCCUCUUUCAAGCUACUUUGAAGAUUAUGACGGGCCUCCAAAUGACUUUGAGCAUGCAGCCACCUUUAUCCAGACAAAGUUUCUUGCUUUAAACCAUUCUGGCUUGCCAAUAUAUACGCAUUUUACCUGUGCCACAGAUACCCGGCAAAUAGAAACCGUGUUUGCCGCCAUUAAGGAAGCAAUUCUCAGUAGGGCGCUCAAAGAAACAGGGCUGUUGUGA